AUGAUGAUAGCUGAUCGAGGUCUAGAAGCAAAUCCGUUACUCUAUAAAUCUUAUCUUUUGAAGACAAAUUUGGCAAUUGUUAUUGGUUAUCUAUCUGCAGAUACAACAAUCGGUUUGAUACACUAUAAAAAAGUGGGUGAUCCAUUUACCAUAACACAUCAUCUUGUUUCUAUAUAUGCUUUCGCUUAUGUUUUGACACUCGAUGUAAUGCCAUAUUUUGCUAAUUUUCGUCUAUUAGCAGAAUUAUCUACGCCGUUUGUUAAUAUGAGGUGGUUUCUCGAUACACUCAAAUUUUCCAAAACCUCUACUCCAUUUGUUAUCAAUGGAUUAGUAAUGACACUAUUAUUUUUCUUUGUUCGUAUCGUCGCCAUGCCAAUCUAUUGGUAUAAAGUUUACGUUGUUGCUAUACAACCAAUGUGGGUUCAUAUGGGACAUUUUCGAUUUGUACUCAUUUCAGUUUGUAGCGUAUUAGAUAUAAUUAAUAUCUACUGGUUUUCAAAAAUGUUACGUGGUUGUAUUAAAAUUCUACAAACAAUAUUUUUAAAAAAACAACAACAAUAUCGUGAACACAAUAGUAAUACAAAUAUCAUUACUCAAAAAAACAGUAGUACUUUUACAACCAUUCAAAAUAAACAAUCAUCAUCUUAUUUAACAAAUAAUAAUAAUUUAACUUUUGAUACAUUUCAUUCACUAUUUCCCACUUCUUCUAAUGAUGAAUUUUCAACUGAUAAACGACAGUAA